AUGCUGCUGGGAAAGCGCAAUGCUCAGCCCUUCUCCUUGUAUCAUGGAUGUCGUUUCUGCCCUCAGGCGCUGGCGUCGGAGCUGGAGCCGGGGCUGGAGUGGGCGCCGGCGGCGCGGGCGCCGGAGCGAGCGUGGGCGGCCUGGGGGCUGGAGCGAGCAUUCCCAUUUCCACACUCACAGCAGUGAACAAGUUUCUAAACAACUUGGGAAAGAAGUGAGGUGCAAAUAAAGUGUCAGACGAGAUGUUAAGACUUGAAUGUUCCUCUUGCACCAUGACAUAUACAGAGCUUUGCUCUACAAACACUAGGUGCAGAACAAUAUAUCGUGUAGCAUUAAUUAGACAAUAGUUUAGACAAUAAGGUUUUUUUAUUUUUAUCAAUAAAAUAACAUUGUUAUCUUUGAAUAUACAAAAUGGAAUAAAACUCAGUCUAGUGCUUAAAAACUAUUCUUUGCAAUGUGUGUUCCCAACUGCUCCUUUCAGGCAGCAAAACAUCAAGAGAUCGCAGAACAGCACUCACAAAUUGAAUAAAGCCUUGGUGACUAUCAGUUGGCGUAAGUUAAUCUGGCUAAUGACCAUGAUAAUCCUUGAAGAUAAUAUUUUCUCGCGUUUCUUGGAAGGCACAAAACCUUUCUAUAGAGCUUCACAAACGAACAUUACAAAAAUACAGCACAUUCUAAAUUCGGUACAUGAUUUCUGAACAUACAUAAGUAGAUAAUGGUAAACAGUUUUAAGUAACUUUACUGAAGAGACAAUUGAUUGUCCAAAGAAUUUUCUAAACCAGGAAACUAACAUAAAAUACAUAUUUAUAGUAUUAAAAAUACUGAUGAAAUUAUAAACGACGUAAACUAUUCGUACUACAUGGGCUUGGCAACCUCUAGGAGAAACGAAAAAGAUUAAAACAUCACAAUUCUGUUUGUUGAGUGGCUUAGAAUAGUCUAUUGUAAGAUGUAUUUUUUAAGCAAGAUUAGAGUUCACGUAUCGCGCAGGAUUAGACAAUCGUAUAUUUAUUUGAUAUUUAAUAGUAGUAUCUUGUUUGUGAAUCAAAUAUUUACACUUCGUGACAAUCCAUUUUCAGUGUCAAUAUGUGGUGAAUGAGCACUGUUACACCUCGGUUAAAACUGUUUCCCAAGACACCCCUGCCUUAUUCAAUUGUUAGCUUAUACCCAUUCUUUCAUCUCCUGUCGGCAUGCCAAUUGCAGAUUGUUGUAAGAUCGUCACGAAUCUAUGUUUGAAUCCAUGGUUCGGUCGAUUAGAUCAUCUGUUUCGAAUUAGACAAGAUCUCGGAGUAUUCAUAUUUACACUUGGUAGUCAAUUUUUCAAGAAAGGUUAUAUUCUUCAAAUACAUCGCGAAAUUUGGAGAGUGAUGUGAAGAAUACCGCGAUAAUUAUUGUUACCAAUUUUGAUCUACAUUGUUGAAAAAUACUACCUUACGAGAUGUGCCUUUCGAAAAAUUGGAAAAAAAUCACAAAAUUGUUAUCUUCUCUCUUAUGGUCUACGUAGAAGAGUGCUGACUUGCAAUUUUCUCUAGAAAAGUCCAUUCCUCCGUAAGAUAACUUUUAUUAAUACGUGAAGAUAUUGUAUCUUCUGUUCGAGAUUAAAAAAGUACCGAUUCGUGUUUCAAUAUUGCAAUGCCAAUAAUAAUGCUUUCGACUUUAUAUAAACUAAGGAAAAUAAACAAAUCAUUUUCGUUCUGAUUAUCACUACUAGAUAGCGUAAUCUUCACGAACUACUAACACACUGAUCAUCACUGAUGUCCUUCCCCUAAUGGUUGAGACUAUCGCAUAUAAGAUAUUUACUGGAACAUAUUUUCGGCACCCCUUGUGCAUGGAGCUACCGAUUGAUGCUCUUACGGUGACACCAAUGCGUGUCACCCACACUGCGCAAUCGAGCGAAUGCAUGUGUGUUAUUCGCACCUAAUUGUAACUGUACCUCACAACCCGAACACGAAUUGGUACGAUUUAACGUGCAGGAGCCUUUGAAAAUAUGAAGAUGGAUUGUCGGACUUGCCCACGUUACAGACGUAUGUGAGGAACGACGAGUGCCAAAAUGCCUGUAAUUCCUAUCAGUUUUGUUUCAAACCCCAAGUUUUUCAGUAUCUGAUUCUUUUAGAUUACAAUUCAAUUUACCUAAUUUCAAGAAGGCGAUGCAAUUAAUUUGUUUGUUUGAGCAACAUGAUGUGCAAUAAGUUAUUAACAAUCUUCAUCAAACCGUUCUUACAAGAAUAUAAAAAAUGCUUUCAUAUCAUUUAAAAUUAGGUUCUUUUCACUUAAGUUAAUUUUAUGCAUAUUUUGUCUAACAAACUCCUUUGAUAUUUCGAAUGGUUGAACCACACUCAAAAGCUGGUUUAAAAAAUACUUGCUAUGGUAAAUUUGCAUUUAAAAAUAAAUACUCCAGAAGCAUGUAAUGUGUUUAUUGUUUACAAAGGAAAUGAAUAUAUUUGU